AUGUUAUGUGAUCGCGUCUGGUUUGGACUAGGAUGGGCUGGAGUCGAAUAUGCAGACAUGAAACGCAACAAACAACAUGUAGCAGAUUUUUUGAACCAAGAAAACGAUACUUUUGUGUAUGGAAGUAUUGAUCGAAAUAUACGAUGGGAGUCUCUCCCACAAGCUUCGCGCCUCGAACUUUGUCAAACGCGAGGCGCCUUUGUUCGUACUUAUACCUCUACGAGUUCAGAGUCAACAACUAUCACACUUGCAGAGGAGUCUAUCGCACCAUACAAUGUUGAGCCACCGUCGCUUGAAGUGAUAAAGAAAGAGGCAGUCGAAUUAUGCAAGCAAAUAGGAGGAUGGAAACCACUGCGGACAGUCUGUAUAGAUCAGAGGUUUUUGCACCGGAGAGGCGAGUUAUUCAUCAACUAG